AUGACCAAAGAACACCUUCAUCAUAACCAUCAUGCCCCUCCGAGUGUCGAGGACGUCAAGCAGAACGCCUACGACGAGCGCCUGCGUGUAAACCUCUCUGCGAUUGACGCCAGCGGCCCCGUGACGGGCGGGUUCGCGCGGGCCUACGCGGCAGUCAUCCCACGCGGCGGACUGGCGGCCUCCACGUUCAGCCUCGUCUCGGCGAUCCUCGGUGCGGGCAUCGUCGUGAUGCCGUUUGCCUUCAAUCUGUGCGGCAUCGUGAUGGCGCUGGUGAUCCUCAACUUCGUCGCCAUUUCGACCGUCUACGCGAUGCGCCUCCUCGCGGAGGUCGCGCAUCAGACGGGGGCUCGCAGCUACUCCGAGGCCGCGCGGCAGCUGAUGGGGCCUGGGGUCGACCACUUCAUCGCGGUCCUCCUCAUCAUAAUCUGCUUUGGUGGGUCGGUAAUGUACAUCAUCACGGUGCAGGGACUCCUGAAGCCCGUCCUCAGCCGGCCCAAUUCCCCGGCGUGGUUGCGAAGCUCGUCCGGCGUUAAAUUCAUGACGACGAUGGUCUGGCUCUUCAUAAUGGUCCCGCUGUCUAUCCCAAAGCAGAUCAACUCGUUGCGUUAUGUUUCCUUAAUUGGCGUUCUGGUGAUUGUGUACUUUGUGGGGGUCAUCGUCUUCCACUCUGUUACACACGGCCUCAAAAACCCAGACAUUCGCAAGGAGAUCGUCCUUGUGCGCACGGGUAACGCUGCGUUGGAAGGGCUCGGUAUUUUUAUGUUCAUGUUCCUUUGCCAAAUAAACGCGUUUGAGGUCUUCCAUGAGAUGAAAACCAAGACGGUAUCGAACUUCACCCUGUACUCUACCAUUUCUGUAAUCUUCUGCGCGUUACUGUAUGUAAUAUCUGGCUUAUUCGGCUACAUGGACUUCGGCAAAAAUAUAGUCGUGUGUAUCCUGGAGCUUUAUGACCCUAUAAAUGAUCCCAGUGUGGCAGUGGCAUUCAUUGGGCUUAUCGUUAAGAUUUGCGUUGCAUUCGUGCUUCACAUGAUCCCCUUCCGAAACGCCAUCUACCACUUUUUACGUUUGGAUCCGAUGGAGGUGCCGUACCUGAAGCACACCCUGGUCGUGAUGUUUCCCUUGACGCUGUCCCUUCUGUCCGGUUUGUUCUUCCCCAAACUUAAUACGGUGAUGGGUCUAACGGGGGCCUUCUGCGGUGGUAUCCUUGGUAUGAUCAUGCCCGCGUUGUAUUAUAUGUAUUGUGGUAAUUUUUCAUAUAGAAAGGUAGGGUAUUUUAACUUUUUAGGAACAUAUUUACUCUUAAUAAGUGGCUGCGCAGCGGUUUCGUUUGGUACCGUAAUGACUGUCUACGGUACCUUUUAA